AUGACUCCGCCAAAGGCUUUCGACUUUUCAGGUGAUGUGGCUCUGGUCACUGGCGCAGGGUCGCGCAUGGAUGGGGAGAUUGGCAACGGCCGUGCUGCCGCUAUUCUUUUAGCUCGCCAGGGAGCUAAGGUUGCUUUGGUUGAUUUCAACGUUGACUGGGCCAAGGAGACGAAACGAAUGAUUGAUGAAGAGGGCGGAGUGUCAGAAGUCAUUCAGGCUGAUGUCACAGACGAGGCCUCUUGCCAGAACGCUGUGAACAAGACAGUUGAGCUCUUUGGUGGACUCCAUAUCCUUGUCAAUAUUGUUGGUGUUGGUGGCGCUAUCGGAGACGCAACCAAGAUCAACAUGGAAGCAUGGGAAAGAGACUUCCGCAUCAAUGUUACAAGCAUGGUUCUCAUGAGUCGAUACGCAAUUCCCGAGAUGCGCAAAGCCGGGCGCGGUUCCAUCGUGAACAUGUCCUCCGUUAGCGGACUCCUUGGUGGCAACCCAAGUCUGAUUUAUCCUACUACAAAGGGCGCCAUCAUCCAGAUGACUCGCGCAAUGGCAGCUCAUCAUGGACAAGAAAACAUUCGAGUUAACUGUGUGGCGCCUGGCAUGGUUUAUACACCCAUGACACGUGGGCGAGGCAUGACAGAUGAAAUGAGGCAAGCCAGAAUCAACCAAAACUUGAUGAAGAAAGAAGGCACUGGUUGGGAUGUUGGCUAUGUCUUGGCAGCUAUUCUGUUUCUCUCCAGCAAAGAAGCAGGUUGGAUCACUGGCUUAAUCAUGCCUGUUGAUGGUGGUACGACUGCCGGUAAGGCUGAUAGGCCCGCUUUGAAGGCAGAUGAUUUGGCAGCGAAGAACACGAGUAUUUCGAACUAG